CAACGUUGCAGACAUAACAUUAUCCGUGUUCCAAGUGUCCACAAAAAGUAUGACGGUGCGAUGGAGUCGUUACUCUGGCGCCAGCUCCUACAAAAUCACCGCCACACCAAAGAACUCUCCUCAACCGUCCGCAUUCGCUCAGUUUAGCGGGAACUCCGUCAUGGGCUCUGUUAACUCUCUCUCCGCCAACACGAUGUACACCAUGCGGGUCGAGGCCAUUGACAAAGCGGGCAACAUCCUGAGCAGUGCAGAGUUGGACGGAAGCUCAUCCCCCGAGGUACCUACCAUUAAGCAGGCCUACUCCAAGCAGAGCGACAGCAUCACUGUGGAGUUCAGUGAGGUGAUGGGGGCGAACGGCUACAUCCUGCGAGCUGAGUCUGAGGUGGGAGACUUCUUCUCAGAGACCGCGGUGACCAGCUCCCCUGGCACCGUGCUGCAGCUGCAGCCAUACACAGACUACACCCUCAGUGUCAUGUCUGUCAACAGCGCGGGACGCAGCCAGCCCUCAGCACCCAUCCAGAUCAGAACGGUGGUGGUGGCCCCACAGCUAAACUCCACCUCUCCCAGAAAUGACACCAUCCUGGUGACCUGGUCCCCGGUCAACAACACGGUCCUCUACACCCUCUGCAUCAUCAAGGAGGGCUCCAACUCUCGCCUCAAACUCAACACCAGCGACCCAUUCAUGACUUUUGAUGGCCUGGAGCCCGGUACCACCUACUGCAUCAAGGGCACAGCCUGGGACCUGYACGGUCGCCCCGGAGACGACCUCACUGUGUGUCAGAUCACCCGUCCUCUCAGCCCUGAGGCCGUCCAGGUGUUUUUGACCCAGACCAGGUCUGGGGGUUUGGCAGUCUACUGGCAGAUGGUGCAUGGGGCAGACGUUUACUUGGCAAGGACCUCUACUGGUCAGAACUGCUCUGCCUCAGAGAGGUUCUGUAUGAUCAGCCCACUGAGCUGCGGGCAGAACCACAGUGUGACUGUUACUGCRGAGAACAGUGCUGGAACCAGCAACCCCUCUGACCCUGAGGAAUUCAUCACAUUCCCAUGCCCUGUGGAGAGAAUCUGGGUAGAUGAGCACCAGGCGGGCAGCUGCUGGGUGUCGUGGACUGAGAUGCCCCUGGUGGAGUACUACAUCGCUUUUGUCAAGAGAGACGACGGGUCUGAGGAGCGCUGUAACACCACUGACACCACCUGUCACUUCUACUGCAUGUGUGGCUACACCUACCUCAUCACCAUGUUCACCUACAACCAGGCUGGCUCCAGUCCACCGGGAGACGUGUUCAACUAUACCACCAUUCCCUGUUGCCCAGAGGACGUUACCAUAGCACUGGUGUCCACGGAGACCCUGGAGAUCAUGUGGUCGUCGGUGCGGGGGGCGGAGCUAUACGAGACGACGGCGGAGGAGAUUGAUGAUGUCAUCCACUGUAAGGACACGGCGCCUGUGUGUGCUCUGUCCAACCUACGCUGUAACACACAGUACAGUGUGGUGGUGACACCAUGCAGCGAAAUACGAGGCUGCAACCGCACCUGCAAACCUCACACACAMGAGACAGCUCCCUGUUCUCCAGAGAUCCUGAGUGUAUCUCAGACCAACUCAUCCUCGAGUGUCAGUGUCUUGUACACGGCCCCCAACACCCCCAACACCACCUACACUGUCACAGCCGUGGGCCUCACUGACACACACACCUGUCAAUCACUCUCCACCUCUUGCCAGCUCACACAGCUUCCCUGCGGAGCCACCUAUGAUGUCACAGCGUAUGCCAGGACAGCAGUGGGGCCAAGCCUGUCCAGCUAUAGCGUGCCCCUGGAAACAGGUCCCUGCUGCCCCCACACCCUGACAGUAGACCAGGUGACCCAGGCCAUGACCAACGUCACCUGGUCCCCCGCUACAGGGGCGCGCUCCUAUGUCACGGCGCUGACAUCAUCUCGGGGACACGCCAAGUGCCACACCAUGGACACACACUGCCUUAUGGGAUGCAUCACCUGCGGGACCAACUAUAGCGUGAGCCUGGAGGCCAUCAGCAGGACAGGCCACAAGGCAGAAUGCAGAUAUCAUGGGUUCUCAUCCAGCGCCUGUUGUCCAUCGAGUGUCAAGCUCUACCGGAUGGCCAACAGAACUCUGAGGGUGUACUGGCACUCCUCGGGCCCCCAAAACCACACGGUGACCUGAUUGGGACAGGCACCAACACACCCUGCAUCUCCCGCCCUCAGCAGCUCCUGUGACGUGGCCAAGGUCAUGUGUGGGGACGUCUACACCAUGGUGGUGGCACCUGUCAAUCAGGAUGGGAGCAAAGUCACAUUCUGUCCCGGCAGGAUCUACUCUGUGUCCUGCUCCGGAAGCAAUGUAGGAAUGGUGAUCUAUCGGYGAAAGAGAAGUGUCGAUUAG